AGGUUUGGGAACCACUGAAUUAGAUGUUAGCCUAUUUGUCGUAACGCCCCCGUGUUUGAUAUGCUGCUCAGUCCGACCGUGUUUCUGAGACACGAAGCAGGGGGCGCUUGACAGCAAGAGUACUUCUACUGAGGGGCAUCCACAGCUCAGGCCGUCUUUUGUCUAGUAACAUUUACACUAGAAAGUAAAUCUGUUAAACCACUGAAAUGCAAAGAAUUGUUGUUUGACAUAAUUGGAAAUCCGCCGAGCAAUCUCUAUGAAAUGAUUAAAAAGCGUCAUUCGAUUAUCGUAGUCAAAUGUGAUUGGUUCAACUUGACCAGCGCUGAGAAAAGUAACUGGUACCACGGAAUAACCCCAGCUAUUGCUACUUCGUAGUGUUUGUGUGAGUGUAGCGCCGACUGUCGGGGUGCGUUGAGCGAGUACACGGACCGAAGGAGCAACGGCUGUUAUGGAGAUUAUUUUAUUUCCCUUGAAGGCUAACAGAGACAAUUUAAACGGGAUUAAACGGACGUGAAUUUACCGACUAAGUUCAUCUGAAGCAACAGAACUUGUCUUCCUGGUCUAUAUAGAAAAAGUUAUUAAGAAUAUGAUCCGUCAUUGGCAGUCAUCUACGUCUCUACAUUAUCCCAUUGGAUCUCCAGUUUGUUUGCAGCUCUCAUCAGACGUUUGGAUGUCAGAAUUGCAAGUGUGAAAGAGUCGAAUGCCUAUGAGAGGAGACAGCAGAAGAUCCAAGCAGAAGCCACGGUCUUUGUGGUGUCAGAAGAAAUUGUGAAGGCGUUGAGAGUCUUGACUUGAAAGAUAUGGCCGAUCAUGCUGAUCUGCUAUCAGAGAUGGCAACAAUCGGCCGCCUCUCAGCCACCGAGCGCCUGAAGCAUGCACAGAAGAGACGGGCACAGCAGCUGAAAGGCUGGGCUCAGAUGGAGAAGGACAGUGCCCGUAGUCAAAAGGGCAACCACAAGGGAGAUGGGGUGAAGAAAAGCAGAAGGGUGACCUUCAACACCAGUGUGACCUUGCUGGAGGCUGCAGCCAGGAAUGACAUAGAGGAGGUACGACAGUUGCUCAAUAAUGGAGUCAGUCCAGACUUGUUCAACGAGGACGGGCUCACUGCACUUCAUCAGAGCUGCAUAGAUGAUUUUUUGGAUAUAGCACGCUGUCUUCUGGAUGUGGGCGCAAAUGUGAAUGCGUGUGACAGUGAGCUGUGGACCCCUUUACAUGCGGCAGCCACCUGCGGACACACUGACCUCGUCCAGCUGCUGAUAGAAGCGGGUGCAGAUCUGUUGGCGGUGAAUGCAGAUGGAAACAUGCCGUAUGAUCUGUGUGAGGAUGAGGCUACGCUAGAGCUCAUAGAGAUGAUCAUGGCAGAGCAGGGGAUUACUCAGGAGAGAAUUGAUGAAUGUCGUGGAGCCAAGGAGAGAGCAAUGUUGUCUGACCUUCAGGAGCUGGUUGCAAGUGGAGCUGAUCUGAAUGUGAAGGACGAGCAGGGGGCCACUCUGCUGCAUGUAGCAGCUGCUAAUGGAUACAUGUCAGUCGGGGAGCUGUUGCUGGAGCACAGAAUAUCUCCAAACGACAGGGACGCAGAUGGGUGGACGCCACUCCAUGCUGGUGCCUGCUGGGGACAGAUCCAGAUGGUGGAGCUGCUGGUAGCUAAUGGUGCAAAUUUAAACGCCAAGUCUGAGCUGGAUGAGACGCCUCUUGAUGUGUGCACUGAUGAAGAAGUCCGGGCCAAAAUGAUGGAGCUGAAACACAAACACGAUGCCAUCAUGAAGGGUCAGGACAAACACAAGAACACAUUGCAGAGACGAGUGUCCAGCACGGGCAGCAGAGGUAAAGUCGUGAGGCGCACCAGUGUGAACGAGCGCAGCAGUCUGUACCGCAGAGAGCAUCAGAAGGAAGCCAAAGUGUGGCAGGAGAGAGGAAAACAGACAGAUGCUCUGGAUGAUGAUGAAGACCGACAGACUGAUGCUGAACUCAACCUGCACGCUGCACUGGUGUCCGGUUCUAAUGCAACCCCUGUUCCUCCAUUAGAGGUCGGCGAGGUGGAAAAUGGAGCUCAAGUUUUGGGGAACGGCAGCACGGCUUUGUUUUCUUCCUCACUUCCAGGAGAACUCCAGGGUGGAGGCCGCAUGGAUCGCAGCGCCUCCUAUCAGCUCACUCCAGCUUCGGCUGCUGCUGGCGAGGACAGCAUGAGCAGAGAGAGAUCUCACCACACGCUCGCAGAUCUCAAACGCCAGAGAGCAGCAGCUAAACUGCAGAAACAUCCAGCACCUCCUAUACCCCUGUCUGCAGACCCUCAGGAUGAGGUUGUUCCUGAAGGACCCCAGGGACCGCUGGAGUCAACUGAAUCAGUACAACAGGAUGUGUCCCCCAGUGCAGUGUACUUUACCCAAGCUAGUGGAGAGCCACCUCUGCUGAAGCUGAGAGCACCAGAAGAGGACACGACUAAUACGAAAGAGCCAUGCUGUGGACUCAUGUAGAAGCAGCGGAGAAACAUGUUUGGUUUCACGUGAUUGUGCAGUUCCUGUGUACUACGUGGACAAACUAGAAUUAUAAGGCAGGUACGUGGAACCGAAUUUUGUGUCCAAGUCAAGUUUCUCUCACAAUGGCACAUAGACAGAGUGAAGUCACGUUUUCAACACUAAUAUGAAUAAUUGCACCGAAAAUUUGAUGAUGGACUAUGUAGCUUUCUGAAUGGAUAACACAACAAAUCAGAAAAAAGAAGACCAAAGAGCCCACAUUUAGAAAAUUUCAUGGAUUAAUUGCAUUAUUGCAGUAUUUCAAUCUUUUAAGCUCAUAUCAUUUUAUUUUAAUUAGUUGUUAUGGUCAUUAAAGUUUCAAAGUAUUGACUCAAUUGUUCAAUACAAAGAGAAAAAAAAAACUGACACUGAGCACUUUACUUGACCAAACAUUCAGCAAUCUUCAUAACUUUGAUGGAUAUAUAUAUAUAUAUAUGUAGUAGUAUACUGAUCACAAAAAAGCACAUUUGAAGUGCACUGAUCUAAAUAAAAUUGCAUUUCAUUAACAGUUCUACUGCGAUCUUGCAAUAGCAUGCUUGCUCUUGUUCUUGGCACCAUUUCGUAAUGAUUACUGCUUUCAACAAACUCGUAUCCCAGCAUCUGUCUACAUUGUUUAUUGCCUUUGAGAUUGAACUUAAGCUAAUUUUAAUGCAAAUAAAUAAUUAAAAAAUGUUUUGUUUUGUUUUUUAAAUAAAAAGAUGCACAGAGAUGUGUGUACCUUCAGAUAAUGUUUUUCUUCUAACCUUCUCAAUGACAUUUUUCCCCCCACAUUUUUAUUUUUGUUCAUCUCACUUUGUUGUAAUGCAUCAAUAGAAACAAUAAAAGUACAGUAAAUACUACUUGGUCUGAAUACCUUCCGGCAAUUUGGUGUAGAAAAUUUCAAAUUCAAACACCUAAUUUUUUGUUUUGUUUUUUCAUCUAUAAAAAUGAGGUUACAGCUUUAAUAUUUUACUCACAUUGUGGACAGUGAAUUAAUAGCUGGAUUCUGACUUCUUUAAUAAUUUAAUAAGAGGGUUAGUUUCUAAAAUAUGUUCCAAAAUAUCAUUUGUAACAUUCAGUUAGACUAAUUAUUGUAAUCUUAAUACUCCUGGAUUAUAUCUAACACUCUGUUUUACAUCUGAAUCUUUGCUGAAAUGCUCCUCAGAUUACAUCGUUUAUUUAUUAAUUUUUUUAAUGCAACUGUAUUCUGAUUAUCAAAGACUUACCAAGGAACAUAAUGCACUUAGACACAUUUCAAAUUAUAAACUGUACAUACACCAUUUCAUGUAUUCCUUUACUCUCCAGUCCAGCUAAAUUCAUUUUCAUUAUGACAUAAAAGAAAUGGUCAUUUAGUGCCGCCCACAGAUGCAAAUCAAAUAUUUAAGCUGUGAACUCGUUUUUUCUUUUUCUUUUUUAACCAAUAGACCAAAAAAAAAAGAAUGAAGCUGAAUUUUCUUCUUUGAAUUCUCAUUUUUCCAAUAAGAUUGACAGAAAGUAUGCAAACCAAAAACUUUUGUUUGAUUUUAGUUUGUUUUCGAUUGAAACAAAGUGUGAUGAAAAAAUAAAAAACUGACAAAAAACUGAACUUUGAAAAUGUGAUGAAUGGUUUAUACAUUUUGAAGACAAAAACAAAUGAUCUGAAGGUACACAUAGCAACUGACUAAAUUGCUGCCAGGAUCAAAUUAAAACCUUUACUCCAUUAUUCCGUCUAUUCAAUUUUUGUUUUUCCACCAUGACAAGAAAAAAAGGAUUCCCAAAGGACAGAUAUGCAUGUUUAUUUUAUAGAUCACAUGAGAUUGUGUAGAGGUAUUAUUUUUUUUUAUUAUUUAUUUAUUUUCUUUUAGAAAUGGUCAAAUAAAUAAAUAUGAAUACAUUUUUAUUUAUAUAAAUAAACAUAAAUACAUUAAAUAGUUUUGCUCCUCUAAUUAAUUGCAAAUAAAUAUGUGUGUAAUUAAUGUUUCAUUAUGUUUUCAGGCAUGAAAAAUAUGAGAUAUUUUGAGAAACUAUAGCUGUAUAAUUAUACAAAUAUAAUUUCCUCUCAAGUCACCAAACAUUUUUCAUUGAAAGCAGUAGGUUACAGUCCCCAGUAAAUUUGAUGCUUUUUGCAUCUGUAUAUUAACUGUAAAGCAUGCUAGAAUUCAAUUUAUUUAUCAUUUCUAUGAUUUUCAGUGAACUAAGAAAUGGAUAGAAAAUUACUUUCAAAAAUAUCUUAAGCUUUAGCACUUUGACACUUAAUUUAUCAUCUAAUAUUUUUUGUGAAAAUGGACAUUUUUCCCAUGAAAGCACAUGCAAAGUCUUAUAGGUGUAAAAUAUUUUUUUUCUCACCUUGUUUACCUGUUCUGAUCACAUCAAGUGCUCUUGUUCUUUGUUUUGAUGCUUCAGUCUUAAAAUGUCAAGAGAAUGUGUAUCCUAAAUGCAACUACAAAAUAGUGGUUUGGCUUAGUGAGUUUUUUUAACUUAAUAAUAAUAAUAAUAAUAAUAGCAACAAUUUACAAUUCAGCAACAUCCACUCUUUGUUUUACAUGCAUAUGCAUAACUUUAUCCACUGGAGUCUCUUUUUGUUUCAAACUGUGGUCUGUAAAAUGCUUGAAUUGAUUUCAUUGAUCUUUUUUUUUUAUUAUUAUUUAUUUAAUGAACUUUGUAAACAUUUUGUGUGAUGAUGUUCUAGAUAUGUUAGGAUGUAUAGACUCAAUGAAAAGCAGAUGCUAAAUGACAUGAUUGAGAUUUAUGCUUUUAUCAAAUAUCCUGAUCAUUUGGGAAUUACGUAUAAGCGACUUUAUAUUCUAGAAAACUGUAUAAAAUUGAUAUUACAGAAUGUGACAACUAACACGGUACUACAGAAACAGCUGAGUAAUUUCUAGGUGCAAUGGUCCAUUUGAAUGCUGUAGUCUAUAUAUUUAGUAUAAAUUGAUAAACGCUUUUUCAAGGUUAUUUAUUUUUUUUUGUAUAUUUGAACUUGAAAUAUCUCUGGACUGUGUAAUCUGGACUCUUACCAUGAAACACGUGCAAAUAUUUCAUCUUGAUAUGCAGUGUUUACUAUAGAACAGCACUUUUCACAUUACAAAAUGCCUUAAAUGUAAAAUUCAGUUUUUUGGACAUCCAUUUUGUAUAUUUCUAUGUCCUCUGUUAAAUUGAACACUGUUAUCUGUAAAUAUAUUGAGAGACUAAAACCAGGUUUGA